CCUGCCCGCGGGUUCCGCUUCCGGCCCGCGCUGACCGCCCGGCAUGGACGACCCGGCCUGCGACUCGACCUGGGACGACUCCGGGGAGGACGGCGAGGCCACGGGCGCCGGCGAUGACGCGGACGGCGACGCGCCCGCCCCGGGGGACGCGGACCCGGACGGCGAGGCGGGGCGGGAGGCGCGGCGCGCGGCGCUGCAGCCCAGGACGCCGGGGCCCCGGAACUGGCGCGCCGCGCGGGACACGGCCAGGUACCGGCGCCGCUACCCGGGUCUGCGGGAGAGGGACAGCCGCGGCGACAUGCCCAACCUGAGCUUCUACAGGAACGAGACGCGCUUCCUGCCCGACGGCCACUUCAUCGAGGACAUUCUGCAGAACUGGAAGGACGACUACGACCGCCUUGAGGACAAUCACUCCUACAUCCAGUGGCUGUUUCCCCUGCGGGAGCCCGGGGUGAACUGGCACGCCAAGCCCCUGACGCUGGAGGAGAUCGAGGCCUUCAAGAGCUGCCCCGAGGCCCAGGAGCGGCUGGUGCGGGCCUACGAGCUCAUGCUGGGCUUCUACGGCAUCCGGCUGGAGGACCGCGGCACCGGCCGGCUGCGCCGCGCGCACAACUACCUGGCCCGCUUCCAGAACCUCAACUGCCACAGCCACAACAACCUGCGGCUCACGCGCAUCCUCAAGUCGCUGGGCGAGCUGGGCCUGGAGCACCUGCAGGCGCCGCUGGCGCGCUUCUUCCUGGAGGAGACGCUGGUGCGGGGCCAGCUGCCCGCCGUGCGCCAGAGCGCGCUCGACUACUUCGUCUUCUCCGUGCGCAGCCGCCAGCAGCGCCGCCUCCUGCUGCGCUUCGCCUGGGAGCACUUCCGGCCGCGCGCGCACUUCGUGUGGGCGCCCCACGCGCGCCUGCAGAAGCUCCCGCCGCCCGACGAGCCCCAGGAGGAGCCCGCGCGGGAGGACGCGCCCGCGGCGCCGGGGAGCCCCCCGCCCGCCCGUGCGUCCCCCGACGUGCCCCCCGAUGCACCUGCCGCCGCGUCCCCCGAGGUGCCCGCCGAUGCACCCGCCGAACCGGCCUCCGCCGCGCCUGCCGACGCGCUCCCCGACGUUCCCGCCAGUGCACUCCCUGACGCACCCGCCGAUGCAUUCUCCGAUGUGCCCCCCGACGCGCCCGCCAGCGCGUUCCCCGAUGCGGCCCCCGAAGCGCCCGCCGGUGUGGCCCCCGAUGCGGCCCCCGAUGCCCCUGCCGACGCGCCCCCAGGCGCACCUGCCGAUGUGCCCCCAGACAUGCCGCCCACCGUCGCAUCCCCCAACGCGCUCGCCCCGGAGCCAGUCAGAGAAGGGGGCAAUGCCAGCCCCAAGGAGAGCAAGAAGAGGAAGCUGGAGGGGAGCCGUGCGCACGACCCGGCCGAGGAGGACAUGGAGAGUGUCACGCUGGGCCUGAAGGACGUUGCGCUCAGCCAGGCCGGCCUGGGCGACCAGGACGCCCGGGAGGUGGCGCCUCCUGGCCCGGAGUCCUCUGCGGCCAAGGGCUCAGAGGAGGUGAGGAAGAAAAGGAAGACGGUCCCCGCCGCGGAGUCUCCCGCCAGGAGCCCCGAGGGUGGAGAGAAUGCAGACGAGGUGCAGGAGAAAGCCAAACCCGCCGUGCCCGAGGAUGUGGCGCCUGCCAGCCCCGGGCAGCCUUAGUGGAGUGGCGGAAGGCCGGCCUGGGGCGCGACGCCCGUCUCGGUGCUGCGGCCUUUCCCAAUAAAUGCGUCCACUUUGCUGCCUCGUGUGUGGGCGCGUCGGCCAGGGCAGCGUCCUGCGGCCCUGACUCCAGAGAGGGUGACCCCGCCGCCACCGCGUCUACCUUGGAGCUGUCUGGGGCCAGUGCUGGGGCCCACUUUCCUGGUGGGUCUGUUCCUGCCACGCCGGGCUGUUCAGGGACUGCACUCGAGUGCUGACCCGGGUCACCCGCUGUUCUGUCUCCCAGCCCUGUUGGUGCCAUUUUCCCAACAGCAGGUGCUAAUGUCAUGUCUGCAUCACGAUUGGGGGGUUCUCCCAAUAUUUCAAAUCUUCACAACUAUUAAUCCUGUCAUGGUGAUCUUCUAGCCUGUGACCUUUAAUAGGAUGGCUCACUGUUUUCGGGGUUCCACACACUGUGCCCACAUUCAGAACUUAAUGUGUGCCCUAGCACUCCAUCGAGCCCUGUCCCCCACACAUCCUUUCCUCUCCUCCCUCUUGAUUCUGAGACAAAUACUGAAAUAUGCCCGUGAAGAGUCUUCCCAUGGCCUCUCAAGUGGUCAGACCUAAAGAAGACUCCCACUUCUCUCUACAUAAAAAACUACAAAUGACAAAGCUGAAUGAGGAAGGCCCAAAGCUGGGCCUCUUUUACAAAAGAGCCAGGUGGUCGGGGUCAAGAAAAGUUCUGGCAGAAAUGAAAGGGGCUGCUGCAGAGAGCACCUAUGUGAUGUGGGUGUGUAGCAGCCUGACGGCUAGAGUUAGAUGGGGUGUGUGAUCUCCAUACGGUGGUCUCCUGAGCCCUGGAACUGCAGGUCUCACUGAGACCAGGCCCUGGCUCAUGUCACCUCCACGAGGUGGACAGAGGCAAAGAAGCUGCAGGAGAAAAGUCCGGGGUUGGUUCCUGAGGUUCAAGGAGGCUGAUGGCAGCUGAGGCAGCUGAGCUGACCAACCAAGCAACUGCAGCCAGUUCUCCAGAAGAUCUAGCUGAGAACCUGAAGAAAGAAGCCCCACUGAACAGCAGAUUCUCCUAGAGGGCGCCUUCUGCCCUGAGAGGCGGCCAGAGGGGACGUCCCAGCUGGGGACCAACCUCGACGUGCAGCCGUCUCUCCUGCAGGAGCCAAAGCGGCCGUGAGAGGCUGGAGCCAGGGCUCGUGUCCCCCUAAGCCCUCGGGACCCUUAGGAACCUGCCUCAGCCUGCCCUGCCGGGCCUCCAUGGACACAGCAAAGCCUGAGGGGGGAUACCGUGACUGCCCAAAUCCUGAGCCUGUUGAGACCACUCAGAACAAAGGUCCUUUCGAGACGCCGGCCCGGGACAGUCUGAGCGAGAGGGACAGAGAGGGCCUCCCUCGUCCUGGGACCUCCGGGCACGAGCACGGCAGCCAGAGAAGUAUCUUCACGCAGGGACGCUGCAGGGGGCCAGAAGCCUGCCAGCACCUCCACCCUCGGCCGAUGGCUCCCUCGGGGUUACCUGGGGACACUUUUUAGCAAUAAAGUUUUUUUGUUGGGUU